AUGGACCCCAACGUUCCCGGCUUCCCUCCUGCGAUGCAGCAGACCGCGGGUUUUCCUGUCACCUCCCAGAGCUCACAGCAGUUCCCCUACUAUCCGAAUGCCAUUCCCUCCUUCCCCCAGCCUAAACCCGCCUCGCAUCCUCCACCGCAGCAACAGCAGCAUUCUUCUUUCGGUGCGGUGCCUCUGCAAGCCGGCCCUGGUGGAGCUAUGAUGCCGUCUGGCUUCCCCCAGCAUUCAUCCGCAGGACCCCACGCCAACUUCUCUGCUCCAUUUGCGCAGCCACCUGUCGCACCGUCAAUGAACCAGUACCUUCCUCCCCAGGCGACCUCGACUCCGAGUCUCCCUGCCACUACCGCACAGUCCUUUCCUCCUGCCAUGGCUGCCAUGUCGGCAAACAACAUGAUCCCCAUGCAGCAGCAGCGGCCGGUUCCGCAGCCAAAUCCAAUGCAGAAUGCCGCCCAAGCGACUGCCCAGUCGCCAGCAACAACCGCGCGGGAGAAGGCUCGCGUAUCGGCGCUUUUGGAGGUCAACUCGAUUUUGCUGCAGGAGGUAAUGAAUCUUCAGGCAGCGGGCAAGGCCGGUGGUACGCCCGCUCAGCAGGGGGGGCAAGAGUCGAAUCCAUCGCCUGGAUCUGACCAGACCCCCGACAAGUCGGCUCAGCGGUCGGAAUACGUUGAAUGUAUGCGCCGGUUACAAGCCAACCUCGCCUAUCUCGCAAACGUGGCCGACCGGGCUAAGAAAUCAGGAGGCGUGCCUCAAGCCGCCCCUGCCAUCAUGACGCCGCCCCCGAACAUGCCGUCCAUGAACGAGGUCUAUAAUAAGCUCAACGAGCUUUUCCCCCGCAUGGCGCCAAGUAAUGUCGGAACCCCUCAGCCAAGCCCACAGGCAUCCCAGGGCAACGGGCGGCCAAGCCCUUCUCCAGUUGCCGAGUCGAUUGUCUGA